UUGCUAUACGAUUUUGAUAGUUUGGAGGGUCAUUGUCAUGGGUAAGCAGACGUUUCAUUAUGUAAAAAUGUUAAAAUCAUGUUUUCAGACCAUCAAAGUCCGACAAUUCGACAUCUAUAAAAAGUGAAGUGAAUAAUUCACUUGAAGCAAAAUUCGGCUGCUCGAGAACAUUGGUUAGUAGUUUAUUGAUUUUUCAUAAACUUAAGUAAAAUUUAUCCUAUUUAUAGACGAAUUCAUGGAUUAUGGCUACAGAAGGUGCUUGCCAAUAUGAUUUAUCGAAAUUUCAAGGACCAUUUAAAAAAUCAACGGAAAGAACCACAAUAACUGAUCAAACUGCCGACUUCAGUCCGUCAAAGUCUGUUAUCAAAAAUGUAAAGAAAAAAUCGACAAAAUAUUCUUUACAUUUCAAAUCUCAAAAUGUAAAGGAUUUUUUGCUAUAAUUUUUGUCUACAUUUUUUGAAUUUUGUGAGAAUGGUCUUUUUAUCGACAAAAUUUUUACAAAAUUAGUUUCAAAAUCAAAAUGUAAACAAAAAAUCUCCGAAACAUCGAAAAGUUUCGAUAAAAAGACCAUUCUCACAAAAUUCAAAAAAUGUAGACAAAAAUUAUAGCAAAAAAUCCUUUACAUUUUGAGAUAUGAAAUGUAAAGAAUAUUUUGUCGAUUUUUUCUUUACAUUUUUGAUAACGGACAUUGUUGGAUUUUUGUAGGUUGUUGUGACUUUCUAUCUAUUGUAAACGAUAUUUCAGCGAGAUUUUUGUCUACAUUUCCUCAUUCAAACAAAUGUAGACAAAAAAUCGUCGAAAUUUUUUUUUACAUUUCAAUUUGCUCGAAAGUUAAUGUUUGUAUUUUAUUUUUUUAUUGCUCAAUGAAUAUAUUGAAAUGAACUUGUGUUGGAACUUGUCAUCAAUGAAAAUCAGGGGAAUUGAUUCGGAAUGAAUCUGGAAAAAAUCAAGUUUUAAACAUACAUUCAGUCGCAAUGUAACAUAAAAACAGAAAAUUUUCGUGAAUGAUUUUUUUCAAAAAUGUAUGUUCAAAAAUUGGAUUUUUUCAUCUGAUUGAAAUUGACUCGCUACUUUUCAAAUCAUACCCGAGUUAUAUCGUUCCAUAUCAAACCGAAUUUAACUCAUCUCAUUUGGUUAGGUUUUUCGAAGAGCACCAGAAACCGAAAAUUAUUCUUGGAACAAUUGACACAAUUUUGCAAUAUUUUUCAACAAACUGGAAACAUUCAUUGAAUAGAGUUGCAACAAUUCAAAUUGAUGAAUUUUCAAUGGUUCCACGUUCCGAAUUUCUACAAAUUCUUUCAACAUUUCCAAAUGCUCGCUAUUCUUUUGUUGGUGAUUAUCGACAACUUGCUCCAUUCAAUGAUUUACCUUAUGUUCCAGUUUUAAGCGAAGCUGCUCUUGGAUCACCAUUGGAACAUAUGAUUCAUUCGGAAUCACUUCCCAUAAUACAUUUUGACACCGUAUUCAAAUGUCGUGAAGAAAUCACACAACUUCUUGGAACAAUGUUCUACUUUUCAACACUUCAAAGUAUUUAUUGUUGUGAUGAUUAUGUACAAAGAACUAAUCAAAUGUUGCAACAGAGCCCAUUAUUCGAUCAAAAACAAUAUCCGUUGAUUUUCAUCGAUACAGAAUCGGAACAAUCACAAAGUGGAACAAGUGCCGAAAAUGAAUCCGAGAGAAAUAUUGCAAUUGCAUUGGCUGAACAUUUAUUGAAAUAUGUCGAACCCAAGGAUAUUGGGAUUCUAUGUUUUUAUCGAGGACAAAGUUCGACAUUUGAAGAAUGGAGUAAGAAAACUGAAAUAUUUGUUGGAAGUGUUGAUGCGGCUCAAGGAAAGACAUGGCCAAUUUGUAUUAUUUGUACAACUCGAACUCUUCCUUCACACAAAUCACCAUUUAUUAUGAAUCCUCGAAGAAUCAAUGUUGCACUUUCGAAAAGUAGCAAUUUCAAUUUUAUUCUGGGUAAUUUGGAAACAUUUGAAGAUUUGGACAAUUGGUCAACAAUUAUUGAUAAGUGUGAUAAAGAGGAAACCAUAA